GUGGAAGAUUUUCAGCAAUUCUUUUCAAACGACAACACUGAUCUGGCAUAAUUCAUUCAGCGAGAGCAGCGAGAGGAAUUGUCAAAGCGAAUGACGUAUCAAAUUCAAAUAGGUGCUUAUCGCGGUGCAUAAAUAUUUUAAUUAAUUUAAUUAGUUCAACAUUUACAUUAUCAACCGAAUUCGGUAAUAAAGUUGUAAAUAAAUAAGUGUAAGCUGUAUGUAUACCGUGCAAUUAUACUUGUUUAAUUUACGGACACACUGUCAAGGAGGUAAAACUGUUACGAGCGAUUUCGUCAUAUGUGCCCAUCGGUCUCACGUUAUACGUGAUUGAAGACAUUAUUUUAGCAAUUGAAUUUUUACAUUACCGGCAAAAUUAAAGAAAAUGAAAAUGAAAUGGCUAUUGAAUGUUGCUAUCAGAGUGUUGGGCAACGGCCCGCACAAAUCUUCGGAAAAUUGUCUUGCAUUAUCGACCGGAAAUUCUGUUUUGGAAACUCGAUUUGAUCUCGACCAAUCCGGAAGAGCAGAAUAUGAUGAAAGUGAACAAUGGCUGGAUAAAAAUGAUAUGAGCGAGGAACGAGAAAAUGAGCCGAUCAACGACAUGGCAACAGACAACUCGGAUGCUGAAUGGUUCGCCUAUUUACAGCAGCAAAUAAACAACUAUGAGAACGGUGAAGUGGGUAAACUGUAUGUGGAAAUAGUAGAGUCACAUAAAGCACGUGAACUGAGCCCUGAAUUGUUGGCUUUCUAUAUUGAAAAAAUGGAAAAAAUUGAAGGAAGUGAACCACUCGUUGAAGAACUGAAAAUUCUACUCGAACACAGUAAAAUCGCUGACGCGAAAUCCAAAUCAUUUUGGCCAGCUAUUUCCCAACCGAGCACGUCUGGCACAAUUGAAGCUGCAAAGCCUGUUAUCGAUGGUUUCAUCAACGCAUUCAAAUUACUGUCGGAAAACUGGGCAGUUCGCAAAACAGUCAAAGAACUGUUUACACAUUUGGGUGACGAAGCGUUCGAAAAGGCUAAGGAAAUGAUUCAUUCACAGUCUUCAUCGUACACCCCCGAACAAAAAGCCGAUAUAUUGAAACAAUUCCAGGACAUUUAUGACGGUUGCGUGAAGAAUCAAUGAUGUUUCGUGGACAAACAGUGUUGUAAGAUGAAAGUACAUUUUUGCCGGCUCGGCUAUCGAAUAAUACAGUGCAUGCAUCUAAACGUCUGUGCCAUUAUCGCCUAAAAUCAAGUUUCAAAUAAAAUUGUAAGUUUUUCUAAAUCAA